AUGCACAGUUCUGUAACCGUUGAUGGCAGUUUUUUGGCCAACUGGACACCCAAACAUGGUGGCACAUAUCGAAUCGAAUGCCGUUUAGAUGGAUUUCAAUUGGCUCAGAGCUAUUUGGUUGAGGUUCGGGACAAUAAUAUAUUCAGUGGUUCAGUGUCAUCAAAAGAUGACAGUAAAAAUCGUUUAAAUCGAAGAGUAGCUCAUUUUAGCAGGACACGUUUUGCUUUAUGUGACCAAAAGCUGAUGAUGAAAGGUGUACGAAUCCGUGCUUCGCCAGCGUUGAAUUCCUCACAAAUUGGUGUCAUACCUCGCGGUACUACUGUUUCUUAUAUUGAAGAAGUAGAAAACGCUGAUGGUGUCUGGUUGAGACUUACCGAUGAAGCUUGUGCGAUAUACUGUGAUGCACAAUUACCUUCGCAGGGUUGGUGCUUACAAUAUAGUAACCAUCUAGGACGUUCAUUCUUAUUGCUACAGUCCGAUUCUACGGAGGGUUUUAUUCAUGAUUCUAAUUUAUUAAGUACCACCAUCCAAUUACCACAAAAUGGGGGAACAAACAAUGAGCAGUAUCUUGAGCAAUCGUUGCAACUUGACGUUGAACAGAUAUAUGCAGCAUGUGAUUCGCUCCCAGUCUCGAUUUACAAUUAUCCAUCAGUAGAUGCCAUUUGUGGUGAUGUUAUUAGCAAUGCAGAAACCGGUGAAAUAAGAUCGUCCGGUUGGAUUCAUAAUAAGCAGGGCAUAUGGAUACGAUUAUCCGGCUUUGAUCAAAAAUAUGCUUUUGUGCAGGAUUUGGCUGGUAAUCGAUAUUUACAAAAAAUAAGUGACAUUACACAACGCUGUGCCAAUGGAAAUGUUGAAGGUUCACCGACGGGUCAAAAACCAAUAGCGCAAAUUUACCCGCGAUCAAGGAGUGAUCAGUUGAUGCAAGCAUUAAAGCCUUCAAUUGCUGACUGUUGUCGAACAGUAUUCGCUGCAUUUCUGUGGCAUGAACGAUUGGUGAAGGAUGCAAUGGUAUGCAGUACGUACCUUAAAUUUCAUCCGGAAUUGCAUUCCAUAACUUUCGGUCAAAAUCGGAUGGAACUAAUCAUGACUACACCGAUGCAUUCGCUUUUCAGCAUUUGGCAAGAAAUUAAUACGGCAGUACAGACCAGUAUUGAACAACGUUCAGUACUUUUGUGUCCAAUGACCCCACGUCAGUUCGAUGUGAAACCAAUAAGUGUGAAUAUUGGCGCCUCUCGUCAGGGAUCAUCGUCAACUCAACGAAAGGAUUUAUGUGAACUCUGUGAAGAGUGGCAUGCAGCACCAGUGACCACUCAUAUGCGUAUGGCACAUCCUGGAUGUAGCAAAUAUUCCGGUGGUCAAGGAUAUAACAGUUCUGGCAAAUAUACAAGUGGUUGGUCAGGAAAUUGUGGUGAUGGUGGACGACCAACUGCUGUUUGGUAUUUGAUGUGUGCUACAUGCCGAUCAAAAUAUUUGUUGCAGACUCCAUCUGGACAUCAACAGGAGCGAACUCGUCGAUGGCGUGAAUUUUGCGCCUCCUCAGCUGUCGCAGAAAUGUCUCCAGAAGCAAUAAUCAAGCAAAAUGCAAUGUUUCUUAUGGAGUUAAAUGCAUCUUUGGAUGAUGAUAGCAAGGAUACGUCAAGAGCGACAUCUGGCUGGACAAUAAAUCUUUUCCCACAAUCAUCCAUGGUGACACCACCUGUCACUUCAACAUGUAUACAAACGGAUGUUGGAAUAGCAUCACAACCAUCCAUAAAUUUAAUAUUUCGUCUUGAUCAUUAUAUUUUACUAAUAACGGAUGACUUACAGCAAUUAUCAAAUGGAGGUGAAAAUGGUUGUCAUCUACGAAAAUUAUCAUAUGCCAGUGACCCAGGACCAAAGCACAGUUGUGUUACUACUCAUUCCGCUCUUUCAAACUACAAUCCAUUGUAUUCGACGAGACGGCUUGGUUCUUCACCGCUAACAAAUGCUUCCAACCAAAAUGGAAUGGUUAAUUCGAUACGUCGGAAAAUGUUAGAAGGAUACGAAAGGCGGCAGUCAGCUGAAAUUGUUCAAAGUCCAUCUGUAGCAUUGAAAUCACUGUUGGUUGAACAGAACAAUAUAUCUGCAAAUGUAAACGUAUCACUUCGUCGGCCAGUACUUACUUUUGUAAUGGAACGGCAUAACUUGGCUCGUAUACGGGAAGCAAUGGCAACUGCUGUGGCUCGUGCUACAUUUUUUGCACAUUCAUUCCGUGUUUGGAAUUGGCUCUUGAAGAUGGUUUCAACUGAAUCUAGUGUGGCAGAUAUUCUUUGGCAAUAUUUGACAGCAUUGAACUCAUACGUACCGUUAUGUCGAUGGCGUAAAAAUCAUUUACGUUUAGCAACAAACUUACGUCUCUUACCACAUCCGUGGCGUGUUUGCUAUUUAGCUGGUCCAGUUGCUAAUAAAAUGGUUCAACAACUACAUUCUUUCUUGCAUACGGUUGCCGUUAUCGUACAAUCAAAUGGUGUUAAUACAAACUUACGCUGCUUAUGUUUCCGGGUGUGGACCUUUCAGUUAACGGUUCAUGAACAGGAUUUGCUUUCUCUUAUAUGCGAUGUAUUAGCAAGUGUCGGUAAUGUGUUGGCUGAUUCAUCUGAAGAUCAUUCGUGGAAUCUGGACGAUGGCGAACGGAAGACAGAUUAUCGUUCACUUCAAGAGCAAAAAUUAUUGUUGUCUAGAAAGCUGCAGGCAGAUGUGAAGCAAAUGGAAGACAUUACUGGUAUUUUGAGUUAUGAGGCAUCAAGUCGUCAAGCAAUGAUUGCAUGUUUAACGGAUGGGAAUAGUGAAACUUUCUGGGAAACUGGUGAAGAGGAUAAAAAUCGACCACGCUACGUGACAGUACACUGUGAUAUCCGAAGCUAUAAGGCAACGCUACUCACUGUUUACGUCGAUAAUAUUCGUGAUGAGGGUUAUCGAACGUGUUCUGUUACUGUUGUUACUGCGGAAAGUGAUGGAAGACGUCGAAAGAUUCAUUCCGAGUGUCUCGAUCACCAAUUUAUUGGCUGGAUAAAAUGCUGCAUUUUUGGACUGAGCAGUAUUCAAGUGAUAUUUCGUGGUAAUGAUCCCUCCUUACGUAUACGUCAGCUUCGAGUUUUUGGUACUGCAUUGGAUGUGCUUAGUACUCAGUCCUUUACUAAUCGAAGUUUUCUGAAGCCUUCACCAUCACAUCAGCUAUUGUUUAAUGCUAAUCAGGAUGAUGCAUUUGCAGUUUUCCAAGCUAUUGCUGCUCAAGCAUUUAGUGACGAAUUUUCACAGGAAGAAAAUGGCACAUUACGACAGCAAGUACUUGAUCUGCUAUUUAGUCGUAUACAAUUACAACCACUUCAGACAUUUGUUUGUUCUCAUAUGAUCAGUGCUUUGGAAAGGGAAGUAUCGUCACUGCGUGAGAAAGCAAAGCGCAAUUAUUCGUACGUUUGCGGUUUGAUGGAAAUGUUACUGAAGAUUUGCAGUUCACGUCAAGGCCUGGAAGUAUUUGGUGUCAAAAAUAGGAUUCUCAUUAUCCUUUCUGAGCUUUUGUUAUUUGCUCCUCAGGUAGUGCAAUGUCAAGUAUUGGAGACAAUUGAGUGCCUCUCCAAGUUAUUCACACCAUCCGCAGUCGACUGCGUGAAUUUUACACGGAAUUUAUUAAUAUUAAUAACAAAAGUGAUAACACUGCAGAUACGUGAUAAAAUGACACGGUCACUAACUUCGGCUUGUUUAGCUACUCAUGUGACAAGUGCACCGAUGUACUGGCGAAUAGAUCGAGCAGUUAGCACUGAUAUUGCUUAUCUUGCAAAACAACUAUUGAAAAAUUUGAGUGAAGGACUGCUAAAUGAAUACUGGACAGUUCCUGUGCGUACAGAAAUUGCAAAUGAAAUUAUGAAUUUAACCUCUUUGAAUAUCACUCAUUCAUACGACAGCGAUAAUUCCGGAAAAAUAGCAACAGAUGGAAAAGACGAAAGUGCGUCAGGGCAGGCAAAUAGUUCGGAUUUUUCCGGAUUCAUUAAUACUGAUAAUUCUCGAUCAAAGAUGCUAAAGAAUGGAAAAUUUUGGCUUGCCGUAGCUGCAUUAUCUUUGUUGAAAGAGAGCCAAUGGUUAGAAUUGUCAUCAGUAUGGCAAAGUCUACAGAAUAACAAAGAAAGUUUGACGAGAAUGUUGUGUGAUAAUCACGAUGAUGGUCGAACUUUAGCUAAUGUGUACUGUGAAACUUGUCAAUGUUCGUUAUGUCGAGAAUGCUUCUCUGUGCUUCAUUUAAAUAAACGAAAUCGUAGUCAUGCUGUGCAACAUCUUGGUGACACAAAUGAUCGUCCACAAGUUGAAGUACAUGAAGGUUCCACUCGAUUACGUUUACCACAUGUUUUGAUACUGUUUAAUCCAACUACUCUGAACGGAAUGGUAGAAUUCAAUCAAAGCAUUAUCCGUGAAAAUAUACCUUCCGUGCCUUAUCAUCGAAUUUCUGAAAUGUCAAAUCUUGCUGAAACACGUGAUAACUCUACUUGCCGUUUCUGUAAUGCUCCAUUGUGUCCAGAUCAGAUCGAUGGUUUGUGUAAUCACGAAGAGUGUCGUCACUUUGCAACGUUUGCUUGUCAACAGCAACUUCCAUGUGGUCAUAUCUGUGGUGGUAUCCGUGAUGAAGAAGUAUGCUUGCCGUGUAUUCAAUGCAGGAAGCCAGAUACAAAACAAGACGCAGAUGAUUUAUGCGUGAUAUGUUUCACGGAUCGUUUGGGUGGUGCACCGUGUAUUCAGCUAGCUUGUCAUCAUAUCUUUCAUUAUCGCUGUGUACGAACCGUACUCGAGAAACGUUGGAAUGGUCCAAGGAUUGUCUUCCGCUUUAUGCAGUGCCCAUUAUGCAAGGAACAAAUUGAUCAUCCAUCGGUAGCAGAUUUGUUGCUCCCACUGAAAGAUUUGUAUAAUGAAGUAUUGAGUAAGGCACGUUUGAGACUCGAAUAUGAUGGCUUUUUGCAGUCUCCUGCGACUAUCUCUGAGAGCAGUGAGCUUCACAUGAAUCUGGAUGAAUAUGCAAUGGAGCGGUACAUGUAUGUUCUAUGUUUUAAGUGUGGGAAGGCCUAUUUUGGUGGCGAAAGUCGUUGUCAACAGGAACUGGAUAAUUCACAGUAUAAUCCUGAGGAAUUGAUCUGUGGUGGUUGUUCAGAUGUGGUAGGUGCUCAGGUCUGUGGACGUCAUGGAAUAGACUUCCUCGAAUUUAAGUGUCGUUUUUGUUGCUCAGUUGCUGUUUAUUUUUGCUUUGGUACCACACAUUUUUGUACAUCAUGUCAUGAUGAUUUCCAACGAUUGGUAUGUUUGCCGAAAAAACUUUUACCGAAAUGUCCAGUUGGUCCGAAAUGUGUACAACUAGAUGGAAGUGAAUGUCCUUUAAGGGUAAAACACCCACCAACAGGUGAAGAAUUUCCGCUUGGUUGCGGCAUAUGCCGAAAUAUCAAUACGUUUUGA